ACUUGGUGGAACAGGAUCUGCUGUGAAGUGUAGAGAAUGAACAACUUUAAGGGUUUGCUGACACUGACCGAGAGAUCAACACUGGCACCUAGCGGCAGCCGCCCAGUAACAGCACAGCACAUCAUCAAAGAUGAACUGCGUCGUGGUAUUUCUGCUCAUAAUGUUGGUGGCUGGAACGUCGGAGGCAGCAAGAAUCUUAGGCCUGUUCAAUUACCCAGGGAAGAGCCACUUCAUAAUGUUUGAAGCAGUGAUGAAGACGCUCGCAGCACGCGGUCACGAAGUCACUGUGUACAGUCACUUCCCACAACCAGCGCCCCUACCUAAUUAUAAAGAUGUCAGUUUGGUUGGUUCCUUACCUAUCCUGACUGAUGCAAUUCCCCUCGAAGCCUAUGUUAACAGUGACAUCUACUCGUCGCUAGAUCUUUUCAUGAAGCUAUCAUCUGACGAGUGUGACAAAGUACUGCAAUUCCCCGCAAUGCAAGAGCUGAUGAGGUCGAAUGAAACUUUUGAUUUGAUUUUCACUGAGGUAUUCGUUACUGAUUGUAUGCUGCCAUUUGUGCACAAAUUUCAGGCUCCAAAUAUUGCCAUGCGUUCUUCUGCUAUCAUGCCAUGGACAUCUGAUCGUUUUGGCUUACCCGAUAACCCUUCUUACCUACCAAUUGAGUUUGGAUUAAGUAGUGAUCACAUGGGAUUCUUUGAGCGCCUUAGUAAUGCGUGGUAUUUGGUCUACAGUAAAUGGUUCCAUAGUAGAUAUAUUGAAGUACCUACGGAUGCUGUUGUCAUGAAGCACUUUGGCGAUUCAAUUCCUCCCUUGGUAGAUAUAGCAAAAAAUACUAGUAUGCUCUUUAUGAAUACCAACCCGGCAUUGACUCCUCCAAGACCCCUCGUACCAGCUGUUGUGGAGAUUGGAGGCAUACAUUUGAAGCCCGCAGGGCAACUUCCAAAGGACAUUCAGAAAUUCAUGGACGAGGCUGAACACGGAGUAAUUUACUUCACAUUUGGCUCAACAGUGAAAACACAAGACUUACCAGAACCAAAACGGAAGGCACUGUUGGAAGCCUUCGCAGAGCUCCCCCAGCGUGUCGUGUGGAAAUGGGAGACGGACAAGCUACCCGGACAGCCGCCCAAUGUUCUAAUACGCAAGUGGCUGCCACAGUACGAGAUAUUAAGCCAUCCCAAAAUGCGACUGUUCAUUACACAUGGAGGUCUGAUGGGCGCAAUAGAAGCAAUUACCAACGGCGUGCCACUGCUGGGAAUACCUCUGUUUGGGGACCAACCCGUUAAUGUUCAAAUGUUUGUAAGGAGGGGUAUUGGAUUACACCUCGCUUACAGAGAAAUAUCAAAGAAGUCCGUCCUGGAAGCCGUGAGCACCAUACUAAAUGACCCUGGGUACAAGAAGAGAACUGAGAAACUUGGCAUGGCGUUUAAAGACACGCCAAUGAUGCCACAGGAGACUGUUGUGUACUGGUCCGAGUAUGUUAUCCGCCACAGAGGGGCGCCACACCUGCGCUCAGCUGCCGUGGACUUGCAGUGGCACCAAUUGCUGCUCCUCGACGUCAUAGUCGCUCUCCUCGUGGCAUUUCUCGCUGUUUCCGCUGCUUUUGUGUUCUUACUACGAUUGAUCUUACGACAGCUUGGCUUCCUCAAGGGGUCGUCUGGCUCCACGUCAUUAGGCAAUAAGAGCAAGAAGACUAAACAGCAGUAACGAGUUGAACAGUAUUUAUGCUGAACGAAAUUUUCUCGUUAACUAGUCUCGACAUUUCUGAUGCUCUUGGGUGAAAUUCGUAAGCGUCAUCAGGCAUAUUUUCUUUGGUGUUUUGGUGUUAUGUUAUGAAUCUGGUUGUUGCAAUGUUUGUAUGGAGUCAGCCCAAACAAAUACUGCUCAUCAUGUGUAUCACUGGAUGCCCUGUGUCGAUUGACGACGUUGGUUUGUUACUUGAAACGAUCCACCGAAGACCUGAAAUCCGUUAUACAAAAGUAAUGAGAAAAUAUCCCUGAACAACCUCCAUAAUGGGUAUUUGAACAUAUCCUCUUACACGUGAGCAGAGUGAUACGUUUCUCCAGUUUUUUGACUGUUAGUGUAUAUUCUGUAAUAAUCACGCUGUUGUCGUAGUUCCUCCUCAUCUUAUCAUGAGGCACCUAUUCCUGAAGUUUUUCGUAGAGUUUUGAAACAUUAUGCAAUGUUCAUACUAGUCAGCUAUUGAAUCAUUAGGGACGGAAACGGUGGGGGAUGUAUAAAGGUGUGGUGUGGUUCCAUAUCCGAAAUUAAAUGCUUUAAAGAAGGCUAACAAGUUGUCGAUAAAAUCCGCAGUUAAAAACGAUAUCGACGAUAUUUGUUCAGUUUAUGAGUAUUUUUUUAUCAGCAUUUCUCUUUGUAAAUGCUCUCGAAAUACACAGGGUGACAAAAAGGGUCAUGCGCUGAAGGAAGAAACGAACUGAACUUUACAGGUUGAGAGGGUGUGUGAUGUUAUUUUAGUUCUCACAAAACUAAGUCAAAUAUUCACUCUUGGGAAUAUGAUCUCACUUAUCAGUAAGACGUUGCACCCCAUCUAUCUUGGAUAAAUGCGUUAAUUCAAUUGGGAAAGGUGCCAAUGGGCGCUGUAUCCUGUAUGGGGAAAGCUGGCCCACAACUGUUUUAACUGGCCCCAGGUACCCUGGGGCACAAUUGACGUCCGAGCUGGAACCACAUACGUUAUAUCGGGGACAGAUCUGGGUGUUCUGUUGGGCAUGAGAGUAACUCAACAUCACACAGGCAGUUCAUGUACGCAUUUGCUGUGUCGACUAGCAUUGUCCUGCAGAAAAAUGGCACUACGACACUGUUGCUUGAGAGGUAACACUUACCGACGCAUAAUGUCUGUGAGUACAACCGUGCCGUCAGCGCUCUCUCUGUCACUACCGCGAAGUUACAGCCAAUGGUGCACCAUACAAUCGCGCCAGGCGUAACACCGCUGUGCCUUUUCAAAACGUUGGAAGAAUGGGACCUAUCCUCAGGUCGCCGCCAUGCACGCCGACGAUGAUCAUACGGGUUACUACAAAACUGCAAUUUAUCACUGAACACAAUGCGAUGCCAUUCAUCAACAGUCUGUUUUCUGAUCAUGGUGCCACUGGCAACUCAGCCGUUUGUAUUGUGGUGUUAGCGGCAGCCUAUGCAUGAGAUGGUAAUUUCAUAGUCAGACUGUUGCUAGUCUCUGACCAGUGGUGCAGAAUGACGUAGAAUGUUGCAAGGAGCUCAUAGCUUGGUCCGAAUGCCAGGCGCAGACGUGAAGGGGUUAUGGUGUGCUUGGUGCGCAAUACAGUGAUCCUGUCUUGUAAUGGUCAGACAUAGUAGACCGGAACUUUAACAAGGAUUACAUCUGUCUAUCAUCAGGCCACUGUAACAUCAUAUUGCUCCACAACUGUCAAUAUUGCACGAUUCGAUCAGCCACCAAAACGGAUACACACAAUGAGGCACGUUUCAGAGUCGGUCAGGUGCUGAUAACGCUGUAUCACACGAAUACACGGUAUCUCCGAGUCCUUCCCAUUAUCAUUUAUCAUCUGAUACUGUUCAGGCUCCUUAUGUACUCUACUAGGGCUGGUAGCAAUAUACAAACAUGAACUACUCUAAUGUCCUCUCGUACCCAUUCUGCCUGUUAUAUACCCAACGAUGGUGUGUAUGUGUAAAAAGUGUACGACAUCGGACUUGCUGCAGCUUUUUUGUCAGGCUGUGUGAUGUCACUUAGUUGUAAUGUAAUUUUUAAGUGGUAUGGAAUACAUAAAUAAAUAAAUAA